AUGUCACAAAAAAGGAAAGACGGUGCUCAACAAGCAAGUGGACCAGAAAAAAAAAUUCCUAAAAUGGACAUCAGGGUAAAAAGAGUAACUUCUCUUAACCCCCGCCCGACCGCAUAUGGCCAAAUAGGAAAUACAUAUGUUUACCUUAACAGUAGUUUAUAUAAACUCACUGUUAAGGAAAAGUAUUUUAAAACUUUGAGUAAAGGGCAGUACUUUCGUAUAAAGGGCCAUACGAUAAAUCAUCAGAAUAAAUUCAUCAAUACAGAUUAUGCCACUAUUAUGGAAAUAGCCCCAUUUGAUAUUAACGAGAGCCACAUCCAAGCGCUUAUUGCGCCAACCCCCAUAGAUUUGGGGGAUGUUGGGAAGAUUGCUUCAUUGGCCCAAGACGAACUAGUUGCCAUCUCGGGCUCAUUGGUUAAAACUGCUCCGAAAACAACCACGGACAAAACUACGUUGCAAAUUGCAACAAUGACUGAUGAGAAAAGGGUUACCGGCCAGAAUUUUAAAGUGAAAUUCUGGGCCGGUAACCAGGAAGAUGUGGUCACCGCCAUGGAACGGUUUACCACAUAUUCCCUAAGUUCCAUGGUGGUUGAACUGUGGCAGGGGGCUGUCCAGUUCAAUGCCACUCUGGACACAUCCAUAAAGAAAUUGCAAGAAGACCUUAAAAUAGAUGCGGCCAAUAUAGAGGGAGUAGAUUUUGCAGAAAAACUGGUACUCACUUCAGUAGGAGAAUACCCAGUUGAUGAUGAUGUUCUGGAUAUUUUAUAUCCAGAACAAGCUUUCCAAGAAAGAAGGGUAUCACUCGUGAUAAAAAACGGGAAAAUUGUUAAUGCUACCAUACUUGAGGAAAACUGAACACAUCAAAACAGAUAGAUACUAACAUACAGUAG